UAAAGGGAAGGUUACGAUUCGGCGUACAGCAGCUUAGUCACCCGAAGAUUUUGGUCUCUAGGCAGCAGCCGCAUCGUCUUCCUCCCCUCUCCGCCACCGCCACCGCCACCGCCGCCGCCGCCGCCGCCGACGCCGACGCCGCGGCUGCAGCUUGCCUCGUCUCGCCUGCGCAGGCGGCGGCGCGUGCAUCCACCCGCCCUCCCGUUCGAUUUGGUGCACUGGGCCACUAGACGCCCGCGAUGUCGGGGACGCCGCUCCCCCCACCGGCGCAGCCGCCGCCGGGGGGCCCCGGGCCCGAGGGCGCGGCCGCCCUCCCUCCCCCACCGGGCACGGACAUGACGGGGAUCUGCUUCCGCGACCAGCUCUGGCUCAACACCUACCCGCUCGACCGCAACCUCGUCUUCGACUACUUCGCGCUCUCCCCCUUCUACGACCUCACCUGCAACAACGAGACCCUCCGCUCGCGCCAAAUCCACCCCCUCGACAUGUCGCACCUCACGAAGAUGACGGGGAUGGAGUACGUGCUCAGCGACGUGAUGGAGCCGCACCUGUUCGUGAUCCGCAAGCAGAGACGGGAGAGCCCCGAGAAGUCCCACGCCAUGCUCGCCUACUACAUCCUCGAUGGCUCCAUCUACCAGGCGCCCCAGCUCUGCGGCGUCUUCGCCUCCCGCAUCAGUAGGGCUAUGCAUCACAUAUCAAAAGCUUUUACCACGGCCUGUUCAAAAUUGGAGAAAAUUGGGCAUGUUGAAGCAGAGCCUGACACGACAGCUUCUGAAUCAAAGACGCAGAAGGAAACAAUUGACUUGAAGGAGUUAAAGCGGGUUGACCAUAUCCUAAUGUCUUUGCAAAGGAAGCUGCAACCUGCUCCUCCCCCUCCACCUUUCCCAGAGGGCUAUGUUCCAUCAGAACAAGAGAAAGCACAGGAUGAUCUGUUGGCCUCAGAGGCACUGCCUCCCCAGAUUGACCCUAUCAUUGAUCAAGGCCCUGCAAAAAGACCUAGAUUCCAAUGAGAGAUAUUGCAUUGAUUAGUUAAAUUUGGCUAACACAACAAUUACCCUGCUGUAAGUUGAUAAUUACAGUAGAUUCCACCUUCCGGGAGUUAAAUGUAAGUUGUGACUUCUGCCGUAAUGGUUACUCUUAUUUUGGAGGGAGCAUCAAUUUGAUUUGGUGGAACUGACUCUUGUCAGGCCUGUUUCUACUGUGCUAACGUGAAGUGAUAUGUAGUAUACGGUAAGGAGACAUCAUGCAGCACAGCACCAGCGGGCCAGUUUGUACGUUGUACUCGCCAUCGUUUGAAUAUCUGACUGACUCUUUAUAUGGUUGAA